CAUCAACCGAAAGAGAUAAGAACACUGUGAUACUGUAACGAAUGAAUUUGCAGAAUGACAUCUUUUAUCAUCAACUUACCCGUUCCAUCGCUCUAUAAAUCCCCCAAGUUAAACAAUCCUUCAACGUGCUUUUCCCAACGUGAUUAUCAUUCAUUUUCAAGCAGCGUCAGAAUAAGCAAGGAAUUAAAAAGCUACAGAAAGGGAGCAGUAAUCGUGUGUGUGUUACCACUGGGUGUUGAUCCAUGGGCACCUUCCAUUGAUUCACAGAGUAUCGCUUCUCAGCUAUUUGCGUUUUCUUUGUUUCCUUACAUUGGUUUCUUGUACUUCAUUACCAAAUCCAAAACUUCUCCUAACCUUACCCUCUUCGGUUUCUACUUUUUGCUCGCCUUUGUUGGUGCCACAAUUCCAGCUGGAAUUUAUGCUAAGGUGCACUAUGGAACUUCUUUGUCGAAUGUUGAUUGGUUACAUGGCGGGGCUGAGUCCCUUCUCACUCUCACUAACCUGUUCAUUGUGUUGGGUUUGAGAGAGGGCAUCAGAAAAGCUGAAAAUUCAGAGAAAAGCACGCCCGCUUCUGACUCAGGUUUGAAGGAGGAGAAGAAACCUGGGGUGGAGGUCUGAAAUUUGGACUCAUUAUCACAUCAUCCUCUGAGAUUUUUUGUAAAUAAAUUGGAUGUAAAUCUGGAUUUUGUGUAAUUUAUCAUUAUUUGGAAUGGAAUGUCUAAUUUUUAUGUGUGAUUUUCGGUCUGUUAUCUUCUAUGCUACAUGAAUAAUGACUUUCCCUUCAAUAAUGCUCUAAAAGCUAUCUUUUCA